GUCUUAAUCUCCCUGUUCUACUUCGUACUUCACGUUUCUAUAUGCAUUCCUUGAUCCUGCCUAUCGCCCGCAUCAAGGGCCUUCAGACGUCAGUUAAGCUAGUCUUCCACACGUAGCUAAGUCAUCGCCUCAGGAUAAUGGAUCGGCCCCGCCAGAUUCCCGACUCUUCCUCCCACCCUCAUCAUCCAACCCUCUUCGCCUCUCUGCACAAAAGGACACGUACGGUGGAUGCCACUGCAGCGGAAAAAGCGAGGGAAGCGCGCGCAAAUGCCACUAGAGAAGCGAAGCGAUACCUUCUUCAAAUAGUCCGCAACGACUGGUCGUAUGACCCGCCGGCCACUUCUUCGGGUCCUUCGUCCUCCUCAGCCUCGUCAGAGGCAGAAUCCCCAUCGCCGAUCCCAAAGGAUAGGGAUGUUCUGGAAUGGAGAAUGCGAGGAGAGGAUAGCUCCAACUCAGACGGAGAACAGAACGCUAGGGAUGAAGCGACCGAUCCCUACCGUUUUGAAUCUCCUGAUGCCGUGCAAGCCGCGAUGCUAGAGAGAAGGAGGAAAAGGCGGAAGUUAAUUGAAGAUGAGAUGAAGUGGAAUCCUGGGCUACGCCUAUGGAUACAAAGACGGGAUGCGUGGACGGGGGCCAAAGUGCCUCCUAAGAAGACCGCUGGUGUUGAAGCCGCUUUGAAACCGCGUACAAGCAGUGACGAAAGCGCAGGUGGAAGCUGUAACGACGAUGAUGAUCUAGAAACUGCUGGACCUUCGUCUCGUCCUCUUUCUGCAGAUUCAUUGUCCAACGCGGUUACAGACGCGGCACUGCCGGCGCAGUCUCUACCCCUGGUUGACGAUACAAUAAGUAAAAGCACUGUCACCGUCCCGCAUACGGAACCAUUUGCAGAUUCAGAAGAACCUCUUGUUCCCAUCGUCCCGCCUAUUCUUCCCAGCUCCAACCCUUUCCGUACCUACACCACGCCAUCAAAUUACCCUGCCAUCUAUAACAAACUCGUCAUCGAAGGGAACAUGCCAGCCGUGCCUGUAAAUCUGCUACAUAUGACGCGAGCUCUUGUGCAAGGCUGGAAAAGGGAAGGACAAUGGCCCCCGAAGCCCACAAUCACCAAGGACGUUCCCGUGGUGAGAAAGAAGCGACCUCAGUUGCAAACUGAAUCGAAUGGUAAAGCUAUAGCGGCGAUUCUCGCUGCACCGCCGGCACCGGCGGAAGAACACACAAGUCGCAGGAAGUCAAUUAGUUCUAACGUCACUGGUGCGGUGAAAAAAGUUUUCGGGUUCGCGUCGAUUCAUUCAGGACAUCGAUUCCAUGUCCGGGCCCAUAGCCAGAGCAGUGCCUCUUCGCCUAUUGUUGACCCAAAUGCUGAAGGGAGCAAACCCGGUAACCGGAAAGAUCUCUAGAUCUAUUUAAGCUAGCGACAUGUAUUUCCUUGACUUGGACGCGACAUGAUCCGGGAGCUUUAUUCGGGAUUCUCUUUUCUUUCUCACACUUCUUGCUUUUACAUAUCGAGACAAACGUUCUCUACAUUCGAGAGUUUAGGAGCCUAAACCAUCCUUUCAUAAUUCCCUCCGGUCCAACUCACGGGAAGAGUGAUCUCGCCACUCUUGGAUUACUUUGUUAGAUGGACUGGCAUGGUGAAACACUUUCUCUCAGGUAUCAUUAUUGACGACUUCAUGGUAGAGAUGCUGCUUUUAUGAUCAUCCCCAUGUUAUUUAGUUUUCAUCCAUGGUACGGAAUAAUGCACUUGCGAUGUGUUCCGUCAAGAGACCUGUACAUACCUCGUUAUACGCUUCAAUAUCAAUAUGCACAUGGCUUCAUGACGCCCACGAUCGAGUUCGUGAUAUCCUUGUCCCACGAUUAUGCACGAGUUGCAAACCUAUGAAAAUUGAUAAUAAUCAAUGGUUCUGCCAGAAUUUUGACUGUGGCCAUGAUCAAACCUGUGGCAACCGGCGUUCUUUUCAUAUUUCUUUUUUUUUCAAGAUAAUUUUUUGGAUUUAUCCUGCCUUCUUGUGCGGCCCCUGAUGCCUUUUUCGGCGGGCCGCUGGUAACACGUGAUCUUUCCCUUCUGCCAUACCGGAAAAAUGAGCUUUUCGGGCAACCAUCAGAAAACAUUUAUCCAACACAACCUGUUGAACCAUGGGUCAGAAGCUUGAAACUGUAGGUCAACUGUAUAUUUACAAUGCAUGUAUAAAGGGUCUGAAACAUAUAGAAUUCAGAAUAUAUAAUGCACCAAUUGAGGGUUUUGAA